GCUUGCCGGAGUUCCGCUGGCGUCGCUCUGGGUCAGGCGCGCGCUUUCUUGCUUUGCAAAGGGCGCCGCGGUUUGCGCCGCUUCUUCCUCCUCCACGAAUGGCUCCGCUCAGGCUGCUUGGGCCAGCGCUGGGCUGGAGGCUCGCUACUGCUGCGAGGCCCGUCUAUCUCAGCAGGCCACCCCAGCGAGGCCACCGCCUGACACCUUCAGAUGACGAGCUCUACCAGAAGACCACCAUCCAGCGCUUGGAGAAGGAAUCCGAAGACAUGAUGUUCAUAGAAGGCUACAAUGAACGAGGAUUCACCGUCAGCAGCAACAAGGUGGUGGGGCCUUGCGCAGUCUUGCCACGAGCCAUCCUACAGUGGAACGUUGGCACACAUAAGGACAUCACUGCUGAAAGCCUCGUCUUGUUCCGCCUGCUGGAGCCUCGAAUAGAAAUCCUGGUCCUGGGGACGGGAAGCAAGGUGGAGAGGUUGGACCCCGCUAUCCUGAAGUUAAUGCGUCAGUGUGGGAUUGCUGUGGAGGUACAAGAUACGCCCAAUGCCUGUGCAACAUUCAACUUCUUGACAAGUGAGCGGCGUAUGACUGCUGCCGGCCUUAUCCCACCUCCCGGUGUAACACGUGGCUGAAUCUCUGAGGGUAAGAUCCAGGGGAAGGAAGAGUUCUUGGCAGGGCAGAGAAAGGGACGCUGUUGUAAUGCCCGCCAUGUUCUUCGUUGCUGCGUUUGAAGGACCUGUUUGAAGGACCUGUUUGAAAGCAACACAAGCCUUUAUGCCCCAAGGCGUAUCUCUCAACGUGUAUGAAUGAGUGACAAGUCUUUUUUUAAAAAAUACAAGCACCCCAGCAUGGCUAAUUCUAGAGACAGCUUACUUAACACUCACUUUUGGGAUGGGGCCCUGGGGUCCAGAAAUGUAAAAAAAAAAAAGAGAACCGCCUUCAGUUUCAUCCACAUGCUAAAUUAAUUAACUUCAUGCGGCAACCUGGAUUUGAAGA